UGAUCGCACAUCAGAACCGUCGUCGGCGUUCAGUAGCGGUAGUGCAGCGACGGUGAUUGAGACGGUUUUCCUGGAGAGAAGUUUCCUGAACAUAUAAAAUAGUCUCUCCGUUUCAAGUCGACUACAGAUUUUUUUCUAAGACACAACAUUGUUAAUAUCUAUAGAAAAUUAGGUACUACUUUUACAAAGAUGUCUCAUAUCAAUAAUUUCAAGUCAAUGUUGACCAUUGCCGUGGUUGUUGGUGUAGCGUUUGCUGCUCCCAAUAAAGACAAAUCAGAACUGAGUAACGAAAUUGCUCAAUCCGGAUCGUUCAUUACCAAGAACGGUGACUCUGUGUCUGCGUCUUGGGGCGGUUUCCACGCAGCUGCUUCUCUGGCUGACGAUGGAAGUGCUAUGGCUUCCGCCGGCGGAAACGGCCUCGGUGCCAGUACUGGAUACGGUCCAGGGGGCGCCGGAGCCGGAGCCGGUGUUGGAUUCAUUGGCGGCAGCGAAUUCGCGUCGACCGGAAUGAAACCAGCUAAUGGAGGAUACGGUAACAGUGGAAAACCCGAAGGGCCACACUAUGCAGGAGGAGUUGGAACUGGAAUCGGCGGCAACGGUAGCGGUGGCUUAUUCGACAGGAUUUUCGCCAUUCCCAUCAAUGUUUUACAGUCUGUCAAUACGUACUUAAACCAGAAGCAAAUGCAUCAAGGACAACCAGGAGUCGCGGUUCACGGUCACCACCAGAACAACGGUGUUGCCUCCGCCUCCGCAUCCGCUGUAUCUGGCAGUGCCACGUACGGCAACUCUGAGAAAGUUCCAUCAGCGGCUGUCGGUUCUGACUACGGACACGAGUCUGCUGGAGCCCCCGGAAACGGAAAAGGCGCUUCAAUGAUGGUACAGACAAAAACAAAUUACGAUGAAAUAUUCAACAUCCCGAUCACAGCAUUGAGGUCCGUCCAGAACCUGUUGAACGGUUAAAUCGUCGCAGUUACUGAAGCAUGACGGUGGUGGUUGGAAUGAUGUUAUACAUAACAGCGGUGUCCACUGAAGUCGGCGCUCAUCAAUGCAACCACACACACACACACAGUCUUCAUCGUUAGAACAUUGUAAUUUGUAAUAUCAUUAUGAUAGUGUGUAACGUUUAGUCUGUAUGUAGCUUUGUCCCGUGUGUACGUACUAUUUUUAUAUUUAUUAUUAUUAUAAUUAUUAUUUUUUUUUUUUGGUAUAUAAGUAUUUGUAUAUGUAUGUGUAUACUGGAGUGAAGUUUUUGAAACGCUUGACUCCUGCGUAAUACAUAUUACCAGACGUGUCUAGUGUUAAAUAAAUCACUACAUAUAAUAUAAAUACAUAUAUUUUUCUACAUUAUAUAACAAACCAUUGUAAUAGUAUUAAUAGUAAUAUUUUUCUUUUAUUCAUACUACAACAACAUUGAUUAUUCAUUAUGUAUGCGUGUGAAGUACUGUGAAAAAUUAUUAAUGUAAUUUAU